AUGGUCAACAACGCUGUGGAGCCUCACGACAAUGAGAACAUGGAAAUUGAAGGGGAGAACGAGGAAAAUUACAAUGAAGAAGAAUUUCAUUCGCUCAAUGCACAGUUGGAUCAAUUGAACUCUGUGUUGGAUACGAUCGAGAUGAAAAACGACGACGUGCAAGCUGAAUUGAUUGAAUUGUUAAAAUCCAACAAAGAAACGAGAAAGCAGUUUCAAGAAUGUGUUAAAAAGGGUGAGCCAACGACGCAACCCCCUGGCUCCCACCAAUAAUCUCAAAUCACUACAAACUCUUUAAUUUAAUUAAAACAAAAAACCAUUACAAAUUCACUGAGUGAAUUCCUCAUGUACAGUCCUUAGAAUUAAGAUACGAAGAUAUUUAAAAUGAUAAUUAAGAUUGCUAAGAUUAUAUUUCGUUGUCAGUUCUCAGUGCAGGUGCAAUAAACGUAAUCACCAGAAAA